AUGAAAAGGGUGAACAAGAGGUCUAAGAAACGAGACGAAAACAAUGGAGCCGCAAACGUUGCAAACGACCCGUUCUCGACCAUUCCUCUAGAACUGAAACUAGAGAUUCUCAUGAGAUCGCCGCCAAGAUCCAUAGCCAGGCUCCGUCUCGCUUCUAAACACAUGUCAUCGAUAAUCGGCGGCAAAGACUUCACCGAGUUGUACACGGCUCGAUCUUCAUCUCAGCCGCGCCGUCUUCUUUUCUCAGUCCACCGUGGCAGCGACAAGCAGCAGACGCACUUCUUCCACUCCUGCUCUCUGGAUGAUCCGUCUGAUUCCGAUCAUCAUGAUAAUGUUAGUUACACUAUGGAUCCGGAUCUACGGUAUUCAUUUUCUCCACCCAUCCGCGGCUUGAUCUGCGGGCGAAAUGGUAUCAAAAUGAUUAUCGGAAACCCUAGCACGGGUCAGUUCGUUUUGUUACCAAGAAUCAAAACGAGGAAGAAAGACAUCUUCUCUGCCUUUGGAUAUGAUCCGGUUAAUAAUGUUUACAAAGUGCUGUGCAUGACGCUGAAAACCAAACGUGGAAACCCUCAUAUUAUAUCACGAGACAUGCUUUGGGAUGAUUAUCUGUGGGAGGAUAUGUCGGAAGAGCAUCAAGUUAUCACUGUAGGAGCUAAACAGAAAUGGAGAAUGAUCGAAUGUAAGUAUCUACAUCGUCAUGAUUCUGGAUCGGUAGGGAUAUGCAGGGAUGGUGUUGUGUAUUAUCUAGCUUCUUACAAACAAAAACGUUCUCUGAUGAGCUUUGAUCUGAGCUCUGAAGAGUUUAAUGUUACGAAGCUACCGGAGGAUUAUCAUCUUGAACAGUUUGGUCAUAUGGUGAAUCAUAGUGGAAAGAUAACUAUAGCGAGUAUGGCAUAUGGUGGACCAAUUGACCUAUGGGUGCUUGAAGAUGUCAAGAAACAAGUAUGGUCAAAAUCUGCUAAAGUGGUUCCUUCUUGCCGAGAUAUAUUUAGGGAGAAUGAUCAAUUCAUGUUCAAGGGUAUACUUGGUACUGGAGAGAUCAUAUUCUCACCGAUCCCAUCACCUAACCCUUUCUUUUUUCUUUGUUACGAUCCCAAGGAAAAAAAUGUUAGAAAAGUUUUUGUUCAAGGAAUUGGAGAUGAUGAGUCUGCUGCUAUCCAAGUUCAACUCUUUUUCGAUCAUGUAGAGAGUUAUAUGUUUCUGUGA